UCUUGUCCCUGUUGUUGUGCCGCAUAGAGCUGUCCCGGGCAGGGACUCCCAGUUGGUCCCUUUCAACUCACCCCCCUUCUGCCAUCCCCUGAGCCCACCUCUUCUGUUAUUCCCUCUUAAACUUCACUCAGUCAACCUCCUGUUUCCCUUUUGAAGAGACUCUGCUCUGAUUUCCCCAUCUUUUGACACUGGAGAGAAGAGGGGAAGUGAAGGAAAGUCUUGUAAGGGUAUAGGGGGUAAAAGAGUUUGAGAGAAGAGGCUAAAGAGGGGCUUUGCUGCCUUUGCUGCUGUCGAUCAGGAGUAGCUGAGUGGAAGAGCCCCUGCUGAAGGGCUCAGCAGCCGGUCUUUUCCCGCCUGCUGGCCUUUCUGUCAUCUGUCCAUUCAGUAAGGGGAGAGAAGAACAGAGCAGGCUAGAGAAAGUUGACUCAUCAGGAUUUGCUGUCUUUGGACUGUGGUAGUUUAUUUUUGAGGGGGGUGUUUGGGGAGGUUAGGGGUGUUAAGGCUGCAGGUGGUGCUAGGGAGUUUGUUUGCCCAUGCCAAGCUUGGGAUCGGACAAGUAGCACUGAGCGUGUCAAGACAGGCCAUACAAAAAUGCUGGGAAAAGGACAAAGUGGCGGAUACCCCCCUGAGACAACGAGUGAACUCUUGCAGAGCAACUUUGACAAGCCAGAAGGAUCUCUGAUGUCACUCUGUCAAAAGUCCAAGCAAGCUGUUCGGAGACUAAGUCACCUGGCUCCCAGCUCCCAGCACCCAGUUUGACACUCAAUGUCAGCGGAUCCCAGCAUCAGUGCGGUGCCUGUCGACAGUGCCGAUAAGAAGGACUUCCCGGUUGGGGGCCAGCUGCCAGGUGGUGUGCAGGCGGGGCUUCAACAGCAGAACCAGCAGCUCCUCCUGACCCCAGCCAGCCUCCAGCUCGCUCAGCUCCAGGCACAGCUUACCCUCCAUCGCCUCAAACUGGCUCAGGGGGGCAAUACAGCCACUGCUGCCACUGUUCUCAAUCAGGUCCUUUCCAAUGUCGCCAUGUCCCAACCCCUGUUCAAUCAGCUACGGACUUCGACUAUGGUUGGGAACCCUCAGGGUGCCUUCCCCACGGGGGUGCUAGGUUUUCCCUCUUCAAAUUCAGCCUUGGGGGCUUUGGUGGGUGGGGGAUUCAACCAAAACCCAGGUAAUGUGAGACUGAACCAUCCUGGUGGAGGGGGAACAGUGGGCCAACAGGGUGCGGAGUAUGGUAAAAAGUCAGGGUCAACUUACCCUUUUGAUACUGACAGGCGUCUUCAGUACAACGUAGUUGGGGGGACAUCUGCAGCAUCAGCUACUGCCGGUGAUGGACAGUACUCAGUGAUUAACACUCAGGCAAAAAACAUGAACAAUGUUGGUUUUCAGAGAGAUUUCUAUGGGCAUGAUAUACUGGGGCAACAAGCUGGAUUUAGUGUCAAUGAGCAGAACAUGAAUGUUUAUAACUCUACUGGGCAUAAGGAGCAAUGGAAAGGCCCCGCUAACUUGAGUCACACUGGAAAGGUGGAUAUAGUUUCUAAUGCUGCCAAUGUGUGGACUGCAGCUGGGAAGCCAAUUUGGCCCAGAACGGAACUGUAUAACCCAGAGGAGCCAACCCCUGACCCCAAGUUCAAUCCCAAUAGUGGGGUUUCCUCAUUUGGUUCAAGUGGCACGCAGGGGUUUGGGGGCUACCAGCCCCUGCAUGGAAGUGAGGAAACCCUAUCUUCAGGUGCCAGGACACUUCAGCCUUACCAAGUCAACGAUUACCAUGCCGUCACACCCACUCAACUGCCACACCAGUGUAGCAUCUGUGACAAGAAGGUCUACAACCUCAAGGACUGGGACCAGCACGUGAAGGGAAAACUACACCUGCAGAACCGAACAUUGUAUACAAACGAAAGCUCCGCAGUGGUAUCAGCUGGAGCUGUUCACUACGCUGUCGGCAGGCCUUCUGAUGGAGGUCUGAACACCGGUACGACGAACUCCAUGGUCUACUCUGCUGCAAGUCAAGAUGUAUCCUCAGGAGCCAAUACAUCAUACUUGCCAGCUAUAGCCAUGAAGACUUAUCCCAUGUCAGACACAGGAUUUGCCUCACACCAGCCAGAGUCAAAGCCAUUCCCACCCAGAAAGGCCACAGCAGGGCGAGUCGUUCACAUCUGCAACCUCCCUGAAGGCAGCUGCACAGAGAAUGAUGUCAUCAACCUGGGACUACCCUUUGGCAAAGUCACCAACUAUAUCCUCAUGCGCUCUACCCAUCAGGCAUUUCUGGAGAUGGCGUAUGUUGAAGCAGCUCAGGCCAUGGUUCAAUACUACCAACUUACUCCAGCUAUGAUUAACAAUCAGAAACUUCUUAUACGAAUGUCUAAGAGGUACAAGGAGCUGCAACUUAAGAAACCAGGUAAAGAUGUUCAAUCGAUCAUCCAGGAUAUCAGCUCUCAGCGGGAGAUGAAUGAGAUGCAAGAACUUGAACACUACGUGCCAGAGAGAGCACGCUCCCGCAGCCCCAUCAGCCGCUCUCUGAGUCCUCAUUCCCACAGCCCCAGUUUUACAUCAUGCAGCUCAGCCCACAGCCCCCAGGGGGCACAAUGCAGGGGUCCGGAGAGAGGCAGCAAUGGCCUGGGCCCCCGCCAGGGCUCUUGGGAUUGGUCAUCACACUUAAGAAGGGGUGAGGACGAAAGGGAGAGGGAUGACCCAUGGAGGAACGGGGGCAGCGCAGAUGACGAUCGGUCUAAUGGACGGGCAUCUGACCGUCGGAAGGCUUACCAGAAACCCCUGGAUCAUAUCAGCUUGAGAUCUGGAGAUGAGCGAGGAGGAGGAGGAGAAGGGAUGAGGGGCAACAGAGACUGGCACCCACGAGCCAGCCCUCAAGGCGUGUCCUUUAACUCUUACAGGAACAUGGAGGACGACUUCUACAUGAAGGAACAAAUGUACAAGUCUGACAAGCAACCCAGACCGCCAUACCAAAGGCACGAUACAAAGCCAAAGCGGAGGGAUGGUGGUGACUACCACAGUAGAUCGAGGCAUUCUGAGUUUGAGAUGACCGAGGAGCCACUUCGCAGAACACUAGAAGACAAGAGACAGAGUUCACCAGACAGGGGCAGGAGCAAAAAGACAAGCAGGAGGCACACCACUGCGGAAAAACAUGAGAGAGAAAAUGCUACUGAAAACACUGAUCGCCAGUCAAAAGAAAAAUCUGUGUCACCUCAGCAAAGCAAUAAGCCAAAAGAAGCUACUGAGUGUGGUAAAGGCGGAGACACUGUGAAGGAGUGGGAAAGUGGAGCUGACACUGAUGAAGAGUGUUGGUAUCCUAAGAACAUGGAGGAACUGGUCACUGUAGAUGAAGUGGGGGGAGAAGAUGAUUCCAUUAUUGAGCCAGACCUUCCUGAGCUGGAAAAGUAUGCAUCCUGCCCAAAAGAGUCUACAGAGAAAGAAGCAGUGGAGGAGCAUGCAUUACCACCUACCUCCUCCUCCUCGGAGGCACAGGAGACAUCUAAUGAAAAGUCUAACCAGGAGAAGUUCUGUGAGGAUGCUGGAGACCAGGCAGAAACAUAUGUAGCUGAGAAACCAGGGAAUGUUUUAACUGCAACCAGUCCUGAAGACCAGAAACUCAGUCCAGUGGCUCCUGAGCCACCAAUCACCAACCUUAGUGACUUCCCCAGUGAGGAGUUCAAGGCUGCACUAGAGGAGACAUGUUUAGAGGAUAAAAUAACCAAAAGCAGGUCAUCUGAAGCGCAAAUGGAAAAUCAAAUUUAUGUAUCGGAGGACAGCGAAACCCUGGAAGUAGGACAGGUCUCGGAAACAAUCAAUAAUGGGGUUCAACGCAAGAAAGAGAUUGAGGCCCCCUCGCCAUCUCAUGAGCAAGACAAAGCUGUCAGUGAACACAGCAUCUCUUUGGGAGUGGAGUUCAUUGUGCCAAAGACCGGCUUCUACUGUAAACUCUGUGGACUGUUCUAUACAAGUGAGGAGACUGCAAAGACCACUCACUGCCGCAGCACUGUACACUACAGGAACCUACAGAAAUACCUGUCCCAGCUGGCAGAGGAGAGUCUAUCGGGCGCACUUACUGAACCCUCAGCUGCACAGUGACAUCAGCUUGACGUCUUAUGUCUUGUGCAGCGAGCAGCAAAGGAAAGAUUCAUGUGUGUGUGCUGUUGGUGCAAGGCUAUGGACAACUACAGCAUGGAUAAUGUGACACAUGGAAGCUAGAGUAUGUGGACGAUUGCACUGGUUUUGAUACUUGGGGGGGAUGGAUGCUUGGUUGUCUUGAAUGGCACUGACAAUCCCAGCCAUAGACGGUCUCAAUUUUGUACAUGUGUAAUGUAUAGUGAGGCUACAAUAUUUAAUUGGAAUUUUUUUGGUUCAUCGAUUUUCUUACAGUUUAUAUCAUUGGAUUGUGUGUGAUAAAAUGUUUUUUUUUUUUUUUGGAAGGGAAAUGUAUUUGCAAUGAUGUCUAAUUACUGAGAAGACAAGCUAUUACAGCGUGGGCGCAUGUUAGUCCAUUUGCUGAGUUUAAAUACAUUAUACUCGUCCUAUCAAUAAUGAUACAUUUACAGCUGCAAAAUGACUUGAAAUAUGUGCCAAGAAAUAUUUUACUCAGUUAAUAAACUGAGGCAGAUUCUCAGGUUUGUUGUAUUUGUUGAACAGUUUUCAAUGUACAGCUCAGUACACAACAUUUACACUUUUGUUUAUAUCUGGGGCUUUAAAGGCUCUUGCUGUUUUUUUCACAUUUUGCCAGUUUGUUCACUACAGUAUCUGUCUGUCAGGUAAAAUUGUACAUAAUUUGGAUUGAUAAUGAUGCAGCUAUGCAAAAGAUCUUUAUUUUCUUUCUUUUUUAAUGUUGAAUUUAAUUCAUAAAACAAUCCCCGGUCACAUUUGCCAACAUUAUGUAAUGCCUUAAAUAUUGAAGACCUUACACUGGACCAUGUGUUUUAAUUUAUCAGAGUUAAACAUGCAAUGUUUCAUGUUACAGUGAUUUGAUCAAAGGGUUAUCAAGCCAGAAUUUGUUUUUGUAUACUGUGAAUGCUGAUCCUUUGACAUCAAUGAUAGUGUUUUUUUUGACAAACUUUUCAUAUGAUUUUUGAUGCAAUAAAACUUGAAUAAACAACGUGUUUCAACUGAUAUUUUUGCUUUGUUUCUCAAAUUAACAUUGUGUAGAGUCUAACAUAUUGUUUAUGCUAUGUGGUAUAAUGGUAAUACAGUCAUGAACACCCCCACUGACAGGGUACAGUACACCAUCCAUCCAUACAUUUUCUACACCAGCUUAUGGUCGGACUUGAGUGGGAGUGUUGUAGAAGAGCUCCCCCAAGCGUUGAGGCAAGAA